GGGACAAACUUCCGGAAAAUUUGACCAUUGCUAUAGGAGACGACGAAAGGGUGUGGCGCAAAGGCAGUCCCUACGACAUCAUUCACGCGCGAGUCGUCGAGAGCAUCGUAGAUUGGCAGGACUUCCCUAAAAUUGCCUACAACAAUCUCAACCCGGGUGGUUGCUUGAUCGUCGAAAUGGUUGAUCUUAUGCCUUGCGGCGAUGAGCAGAGGUCUUUUCCAGCAGACUCGGCUCUCAAGGCCUGGGCAGAGAAGUUCCGUCAGUACGAUAAGUGUCAAGCUGAUCAACAGGAAAUCGAGGCUUUACUUCGAGAUCAGGGUUUCGACGUUACAUGCGCAACGAUUGAUUUACCGAUCAAUCCCUACAGGCAAUCUGAAAAUGAGCGAGAGAGCGGCAAACGCUUUCAUUGGUGCCUCAGACAGUUUCUGCAGGCCAAAUGCUUUGCAUCUCGUCGCGAAGCCCCGCCGCAAGAAAUGUUGGACCUGGUGGCGGAAGCAACCAAGGAAAUCCGGAAUCCCGAUAAUCAUGCCUUCUGUAAAUGGUAUUUGACCCAUUACAAUCUCUACAUCUUGACGGCUUCCAAAAGAGUGGACAACUGUAAACUAUGGUGGUGA